AUGAAGUUUUCGAUUUCUCUUCUCAGUGGCCUUGCCCUCUUGAAUACCAGCUCUGCCUCAACCAUUUCUCGGCCCGAAGCCCAUGUUGCUCACUACUCGCGCGAUGCUGAGCCAACCUGUAUAACUCCAGGCAUCGUCCCCAACAUCACGGGCUCUCAAAUCCGCAACGUUGGAGUAAUUCUCUUCCAGGCUCUCGACAUGAUCGAUGUUUUUGGUCCUCUAGAUCCUCUCCAGAUCCUCUCGCUCACUUCUUUCCAACGAUCCCCCCCAACCAAUACAUUCGACGAUGACCUGGAUCUGGAUCUGCUCAUUGUUCCUGGUGGCCCUGGCGCGAGGAACCCGAAUCUUCAGGCUGUCACGGAUUACAUUGCAAAGAUGUAUCCCAAGGUCAAGAUGCUCAUGACUAUCUGUACUGGGGCGGGCGUUGCAGCUAGAUCGGGUGUUUUGGAUGGGCAUUUAGCAACGACUAACAAGAACGCCUGGGCAACUAUGAAGGAGAUGGGUCCCAGAGUGAACUGGGUAUCUCCCGCUCGUUAUGUCAUCGAUGGUAAUGUCUGGUCUUCCUCUGGCGUCACUUCUGGACUGGAUCUCAUAUUUGCCUUUAUGAGUACUUUCUGGGGUGCAGAACAGUCUGAGCGUAUUGCGAGUAUUGUUGAACAUGUUCCUCGUGUUGCGACUGACGACCCCUUUUCGAAGCACUUUAAUAUUACGCCCACUCACGCUCAGCCCUGCCCAAAGAUUUGA